GAAGGACUCAAACAUUCACUCUGAAAAAACAUGACUUCUCAUCCAGAGAUGCUGCUGAUGCUGGGGGCCGUCACGGUGACGGUGGUGGUCCAGGUGAACACGACGCGAGUGAUGAGCGGUCAGACGGUGUGUUUGGGAGGUCCUGAGCAUCCCUGCUACAAGAUCGCAUACUUCCAUGACAUGUCGAGCCGAGUCUCCUUCAAGGAGGCGCAGCAGGCCUGUGAGAUGGAUGGAGGAUCACUGCUCAGCAUCGAGAGUCCAAGUGAGCAGAAAGACAUCGAAAACUUGCUACAGGCGUUGCGUUCAGGAGCAGUGGGCAGUGCAGGAGGAAGAGGAGGUAUAGCAGAUGGUGAUUUCUGGAUCGGCCUGACUCGGGUGGACGGAGUUGAUCAGACUCACUCUGAAUUCAGCAACACCUUCACUUCUUGUCCACAGCUCUACCAGUGGACCGACGGCAGUGUGGCGACCUUCAGGAACUGGUAUUUUGACGAGCCAUCGUGUGGAGGGGAAGCCUGUGUUGUGAUGUACCAUCAGCCAACUGCACUUCAUGGUCUGGGCGGGCCUUAUCUCUACCAAUGGAACGACGACCGCUGCAACAUGAAGCACAACUUCAUCUGCAAGUAUGAGCCAGAGAGCCAUCUUGUGAAGGAACACGGAGACACACCUGUUGGGCGGGACUCAGCAGCGACUGCAGGUGUGGUCACUCAGUCAGCAGGCAGUGAGGAGGUACCCCCACAGGUCACCAUGACCGGAGCUUCAGGCAUGUUGCUGCUGUACGUCGUCAUCCCUACGAUCCCGCUGCUGCUGCUCAUCCUGGUGGCUUCUGGGUCGUGUUGCUUCCAGAUGCUCAGCAGAAGCCACCCUCACACAAAGACCGCCGCCGACCAGUCAACCCUGUGGAUCUCCAGGACACCCAAACCCGACAGCAUGGAGGUGUGACAUCACAGUGACAUGACCAGCUGAGCUAUGAUGUCACACCAGAGUUCAUUCAUCAGUGGAGAUUUUAUUUUAUUUUUUUUUUUAUUUCUAGCAAACAGGAAAUACUUUGGUAAUCUGCACCCAUCGAUCCCUUUAAAUCCUCAGUUUCUCUCUCUACUUCCAACUUUUCCUCCUCUUUUCAUGAGUUCUGUAUUUGUCAUUUCUUCACAUCCGUGUGCAACAUUUUCUUCCUCCUCCUCCUCCACUUCCUGCUGAUGGAACUCAGAUGUUUAAUUAACUGACAAGCUGAUGAAGUUAAUGAAGGAGGAUCAGCUGCCGAGAGGAAAUGAGGAGUCUCCCAUUGGGGGGGGAGUCAUUGCGGAGGUGCGUUUGAUUUCAUAGUGAGCUAAUGGAACAGCUGCUCUGCAGGGAUGGAGGAUGACGAGGAGAAUUAAUGAGUUUCUGUGUGCACUGAUUAGACGUUUGACUGAUUACAUGAAAUGUUCUGACGUGGAUGAGUGGUUCAGUUUCGGGUCGUGGACCCGCUUGUCAUUGGACUGAGUUUUGUCCAUGUUGCUCACGGUGACCCCCAUUGCUCCAUCACAUCACUGUGACAUCAUGCCUGCACAGCGGCACACAUCUGUUCCAUUGUCUUGUUCUUAUCAAACAUGUGAGCAUGAAGAA